AGAAUGAUGACGACGACGUAAGCUGACCUUCCUCUCUGCGGCCUUGUCGUUCUCGUCCCUGAAACAGGCGAGGAGGACGUUGAAUGGUUUUUCCUGCCGUGUUUGAUUUCAGUCGCCUGAAUUAGAAAACCAGCAGUUGGCCAUGCCGACAACACUGGAAGUACCGACUCUGCAGGAGCUGAAAGUGGAUGAGGUAAACGUCUCAUCUGCAGUUCUGAAGGCUGCUGCACACCACUAUGGCUCCCAGUGUGACAAACCCAAUAAGGAGUUUAUGCUCUGUCGCUGGGAGGAGAAGGACCCAAGAAAGUGUAUACAAGAAGGGAGGAAGGUCAAUGAAUGUGCCGUUAACUUCUUCAGACAAAUCAAGGGAAACUGUGCCGAGUCCUUCACGGAGUACUGGACCUGCUUGGAUUACACCAACCUGGCAGAACUGCGUCACUGCCGCAAACAGCAGCAAGCGUUUGACAGCUGUGUCCUUGAUAAGUUGGGCUGGGUGAGACCUGACCUGGGAGAACUAUCUAAGGUAACCAAAGUGUCGACCUCGCGGCCUCUCCCAGAGAACCCCUACCACUCUAGACCGCGUCCUGAGCCCAACCCGACCAUCGAAGGCAAACUGGAGCCUGCCAAACAUGGCAGCAGGUUAUUCUUCUGGACCUGGUGAAACGGCACCAUGAGAAAAAAAAACAAAACAA